AUGCUCCAGGCCUCCACGAAUCCAGCGGCGGCGGCGGCAGCAACAUCUGGUAGCAUUGCUCCAUCAAUUUCAUUGACUGAAAAGGCCUUGAAAUAUCUGAACAAAAUGAGGGCUGAACGGAACGAAGAUUUGUGCUUGAGAAUUGGCGUGAAACAGGGUGGAUGCUCAGGCAUGUCUUACACCAUGGAGUUUGAAAGUAGAGCAAAUGCCACCCCAGAUGAUUCUGUUGUAGAGUAUGAUGGUUUUGCAAUAGUCUGUGACCCCAAAAGCCUUCUUUUCAUGUUUGGAAUGGAGCUGGACUACAGCGACGCCCUCAUUGGUGGCGGCUUCUCUUUCCAGAAUCCAAAUGCCACAAAAACCUGUGGGUGCGGCAAAUCUUUCGCGACUGGGAAGGAAACCGAGGCCGCAGCAACCGCUUGCAACAACUAG